AUGCAGCCAUGCACCUUGGACGAGCACGGGCGGAUCUUCAAUCGUCAGCACGACGCGGAGUUCAAGCUGCUCAGCGACUUCUGCGCGAAGCUGCGAGGGAGAGAGAGCUGGUGGCCCUUCGAGGGCUCUGGCACGCUGUGGUCUAGGAAGCCUCUCUGCGCCAGCUGCAUAGACGCGGUGAGGCAGGUCCGGGAGAUGCUCCCGCGCCUGCAGCUGACGGUGUGCGUGGCGGCCCCGCCCAGAGGGAGCAACGGGGCCAGUAGCAGCUGCCCCUGCGCCCUGUCCACCGUGGCGCGGCAGAGGGAGGCCUCCGCGGCGCGCGCCUCGGCCGCGGCGGAGCACGCCGCUCGCCCCGCCGGCGGCAGACAGGGCCCGCCGGGCAGCGAGGCGUGCGCCGAGCUGGUGCCGAGCUCGUGCUCGAGAGAGAGCCCGGUCGUGGUCGAGCACGCGCCGCGCGCGGCGGUCGCGAGAGAGGCCCCGGUGAGCUCAGCGGCCGCGGUCGAGAGACCGCGCCCCCUCGCCAGAGAGGCUUGGGCAAACAGUGUGGCCGUGGCCGAGCAGGUGUCGUGCUCGAGCGCGCACGGUGCCGCCGACGACUGA